AUGAUAUUUGAUGUCAAAAGUUUGUUCUAUUUGAUUUUCGUCCAUUCGACUUUCGGGUGGCCACAGAUCAAUCUCGAUCGUACCGACUGGCAACAUGUGACAGAAAAUCAUAACGGACUUCAGCAUGAUUGUCUGUUUAUCGCGUCAACAAUCGAAUCCGCAUUCGAUACACGACAAAUUAUUGCGUAUUGUUUAACAGUGUCGUCCUCACAAUCGAAUAUGACAUUGAAUACAUUCGAUCAAAACGUAACAUUUGCUGAACUUUAUCAUCGUGGUGUCACUUGGAAAGAGUUGUAUGUAUGGUCAGCACCCAUUGAUACGAUUGAACGUUAUCAGAUCUAUUUAAAUCAACGGCUAUUAUCAAUGGGCAAUGAAGUCUUUUAUAAUUGCACUUUGCCCAGAUUCGGUCCACAAUGUCGAUAUUCAUUCGAUCUUCCCGAUUUGAACUACACAUCAUUGACUGAAAUAGUUCAUAGAUUCUAUAUGAAAAAAUAUGAUCCCGAAACGUUAACGUGUUAUAUUGACUUAGAAUGUGAUCUUCGCUCGACAACACGAUGCCUCGAUUGGACUAAUAUAUGUGAUGGAACCGUCGAUUGUUUAAAUAAUCAAAUUGAUGAAAAAUACUGUUCGCAAAUGAAAAUGAGUGAAUGUAAGGAGAAUGAAUACCGAUGCAGAGAUGGACAAUGUAUCCCAGUGGAGUUUUUUGGAGAUAAUCAAUACAUUUUCGAUUGUCUCGAUAAGUCGGAUUUGCCGAAGGAUACUCCAGAAAUGGAAUUUCAUCUUUCUACCAGAGAACCUUCGUUCUAUGAAGAAGAUAACAAGUGUUUUAGAGGCUUUUUUGUAAUUGAAACAGGUUCUACGAGCUCAUGUACAGCCAAUCGUGAAGAAUUACUAGCAAAGAUGAAGUUUCUCGAAUCACCAACCUCAAUGACAGCCGAUUGCUGGUCACUACUAAGAUGUCAUCUUCGAAUAUUCAUUGAAUUCGAUUCAAUUUGUAGAGAUAUUAAUUCUAAUGUUGAAUCAAUUGAAUCAAUAAAUAGAGCAUGUCCCGAUUUAUUAUUCAUUGACACCAUGCCUUUGCUCUUCGGCCAUAUUUAUUUUGCCUAUGAACGAAAAAUUAUUUUAAAUUCAACGAAUAACGUCAUGCCUCAUUACAUUUGCUAUGACGAUCGACUUUGCGAUGGAUUUUAUCCAAAUAGAACAUUAUUGUCAUUUAAUGGUAGCACAUGCCGUCGUCCGGAAGAUUUUCCUCUUUUAUUCGAUGAAGAUGUAUCCGUACACUCAUAUAUGUGGCAUCUAACUACACAGUUAUACCAUUGUAAUACUAUUCUUUCUAAUGACUCUUCAGUUUGUAAUCAUCCGACGAUGUACAAAUGCAAGAAUUCAUCAAAAUGCAUUUCACAUCGUCAGCUCUGUAAUAACUGGUUUGAUUGUGACUAUAAAGAUGAUGAAAAAUGUUCAUUGGUCAAUGGAACUUGUUCUUUGUCUGAUUCUCCGAUGUUAUUCAAAUGUAUGGCAAAUAACAAAUGUGUUUCAAAGGAACUUGUUAACGGCAACACCUAUCAGGAUGAAAGUGGUUUAAUUAUACAAUGUGAGAUAGGAUCACAUGGUCACAAAAGCCCUAUCAAAUUUGCACGAAUGUGUGAUGGCACGAUAGAUUUGGAGCCUAUUCUUAUCGAUAACGAAAAUCACACAGAUGAAACUGAAUGUACGCAUUGGCAAUGUCAUAAUCACUAUACUGAAUGUGACGGUAUAUGGAAUUGUGCAAAUGGAGCUGAUGAAGCUCAUUGCUAUGGAAAUUUUUCUUAUGAAUGUUCACAUUAUCAUCAUAUAUGCAUUUCGCCUACAACAUACAGAUUAACGUGUUUACCAUUUAAAAGAGCCAAUGACGGAGUUAUCGAUUGCCUUGGUGCCACGGAUGAACCAGCAUUGUGUCAACGAGACGGCCAAAGACUUAAUACGCACUAUUUCUAUUGUAAAAAUAAUUCAAAUCCAACGUGCAUAACGAGCAGCUGGUGCUCGAACUAUGAGCAAUGCACGUAUAAAGAUGAAGAGCCAUUAUGUAAGGAAACGUAUUGGGUCUCUGACAACAGCUUCAUCAGUAGUUGUGCUCAUGAAAGUCCUUCUGUGAUUAAUACGUUUUUUUGCAGUCGUUUUUCUUAUAAACCUUCAAAACUUAGCUUUGACUUGUCGGACAGCAUGCGAUUUCCAAAAGAACUGGCAAUACAACAAAGUGAAAGUACGACUAUCGAGGUUAAAGCUGACACGGUCGAUUUUACUCCAAUUGUUUCUGAUUAUAAUCAACGAUGUCAUCGUGGUCUACCGUUACGUAUUUGGCUAGAUCAUAAAAGUAAUUUAUCGAGAGAAGCUUGCCUUUGUCCACCUAGUUAUUACGGUUCAUCAUGUCAAUACCAAAACCAACGUGUGAGUUUGACUGUUCGAUUUCGAGUUUUUAGUGAUUCUCGACGUACUCCAUUUGUCAUUCUUUUCUCACUGAUUGAUAUCGACGACAAUGAACGACGAAUUGAAUCCUUCGAACAGCAUACGUAUCUUUACUCGAGACAUUGUUCAAUUAAGUAUAAUGUGUAUUUGCUCUAUCCAACUCGUCCGAAAGAUUUGCACAAAAAUUAUGCAAUUCAUAUUGAUGUUUAUGAAAAAUCUUCUUUAGAGUACCGCGGAAGUUUCUUUCUACCCAUUCCAUUCUCAUUUCUGCCUGUGAAUCGUAUUGCGGCGCAGAUGGAUAUCUUAUCGAAACAUCAAAUAGUGAAGAACUGUUUCAUUGACUCAUGUGUACAUGGACAAUGUGUCGAAUAUAUGAAUAAUAAGGCAAUUCGGGCAUUUUGUCAUUGUGAGCAGGGAUGGUAUGGUAAAUUUUGUAACACAUUUCACGUUUGUCAAUGUUCAUCGGAUUCCAUUUGUGCCGGUGUUUCUCGCAGCAACCAAUCGAUCUGUAUUUGUCCGAUGAAUCGAUGGGGUAAUCGAUGUUUACUUGAAAAUAAUAUCUGUCAAUCAGAUAAGCAGAGUAGCAUUUGUCUCAACGGCGGUCAGUGCAUCACUGAUGAUGUAAAAUUACCUGUUGAUGAUCAAAUCAUUUGCAUUUGCCGGAACGGAUACGGGGGGAAAAGAUGUGAAAAUCGUGUUAACCAAUUGAUUUUAUCAUUUGACAAAGGUAUUGAUUUACCACAGUCGAUGAUCGUUCACUUUAUUUUUGUAUCUUCAUAUGGACGUGGAGUGGUGACGAAUGGUUCAGCUGUACAAGCAAUAGUCCCUUACCAAUCGGCAACAAUUGUUUAUUGGUCUAACGAAUAUCAUAUUUCAUUCGCUCAAUUAUGGAACAAUUUCUAUUUAAUACUGAUUCAAAAGCAGUACAAUAAAACAGCAAUUGUCCGUCGACAGAUUCGUUCAUUGGAUCGCUGUAAACAUCUUAGUGAAGUAUUGGAUGAACACAUUGUUCACUAUCACCUUCUUCGUCGAAUGAAAUAUUAUCAAAUCCCAUGCGAAAAAUAUGCCCCACAUUUGCAAUGCUUUUACGAUCAAGAUUAUUUUUGUUUUUGUUAUAGUUCUGCGUACCAACGUUUAGCAAAUUGUUUCCCGUUUAAAAGCACAUUGCAGUAUGAUUGCUAUGGGUAUAGUAUUUGUGAAAAUAAUGCCCGAUGUAUACAAGAUUCAUCGAAAUGUCCCAAAUCAACAAUCUGUGUCUGUCCCGACUGUUAUCAUGGAACACGAUGUCAAUUUAGUUCGCAUUUAUUUGGUUUAUCGCUUGAUGCAAUUAUUGGUUUUCACAUUCAACCGUUUGUUAAUCUCACGUCUCAGACAUUGGUAGUAAAGGUUAGCUUGUGUUUAACAAUAAUUAUCAUUUUACUCGGCGUUACAAAUAGUGUACUUUCUUGGAUAACGUUUCAAGAUGAAGAAUCAAGAAAGAAUGGAUGUGGACAUUAUCUUUUAGCGUCAUCAAUCGUUAUUUUAUUGACUAUGAUUGUCUUUGGAUUGAAAUUUGCCAUUCUACUGAUAUCACAGAUGGCAUAUGUAUCGAAUGAGUUAUUUCUCAAAAUCCAAUGUCAUACACUUGAUUGUUUUAUCCGAAUAGGUCUAACUAUGGAUCAGUAUAUGAAUGCGUGUGUUGCUGUAGAACGAUUAAUUACUGUUCGCAAGGGUGUUAGAUUCAAUCAGAAGAAAAGUAAACGAGUAGCCAAAUACGCUAUAAUUCUUCUAUUCGUUUGGACUGGAAUAACAAACACUCAUGAUCCGAUUCAUCGACGUUUGAUCCAUGAUAACAAUGAAGACGACAACGAGAUGGGAAAACGAAUUUGGUGCAUUGUGAAUUAUCCAGCAAAGAUCCAAACGUAUAACUCUAUUAUAAAUCUAAUUCAUUUUCUCUUUCCAUUUGUACUUAAUCUAAUUUCCGCUUUGCUCAUUAUUAGUAUGACCGCAAAACAGCGUACCAUCGUUCGCACUAAUCUGUCCUACCGAAAAUUACUCUUAGUACAAUUUCAAGAACACAGACAUCUUCUCAUUGCUCCGAUCAUUCUCAUCAGUUUGGCGUUACCACGCUUAAUUCUUUCAUUUGCCUCCAAUUGUAUGAAAUCAACAACUGAUGCUUGGUUACCACUGAUGGGUUAUUUUAUCUCAUUUAUUCCUCCGAUGUUGACAUCGAUUUUAUUCAUCUUACCAUCGAAGCACUACAAAAAACAAUUCAUUUCAAUUAUGUCUGACGAGCAUCAAAAUAGCAUGGGUCCUGUCAUGGAUGCCACACCUGAAAUUCAAGAAUUAAGCGAACGGCCUGAAAUAAAACAUGCAGCAAUCCAUGCUCUACAUGAAAAACACCGCGAAAAUCAAGUGCAUCAUUUCACUGAAGAACAUCGUGAAAAACAUAUUGCUGCUUGGAAAGUAACAAAAUAUGCCGAAGAAGUGGCUGCUUAUGGCAUCAACUAUUUCAUGAAGGUAUUUAUUGGCGAUGGACUCUUUAUUCAUAUUCGAGUUCAUCGACAAGCACAUCAUGAUAAAUACGAUUUUUAUUCUUUGCAUGAAACAUUCAAGCAUGAUGUUGCAACAUGUGUAUUCACAGAAGAUGAUCCAUUGACUUACUUCAAUUAUUAG